GAAAAAUACAGUAUUACAGAGCCUUUAAUUUAGUCUAGUUGAAAUGGCGAAAAGAAAAGUAUUCUUUUGCCUCUUCUCAAGUCUCCUCGUCUUGUUUCUGAGGUCAGUCUCCGCAGAGGAUGAUCAUGAAGAUAAACAGGUAUAUAUCGUAUACUUGGGAGCACUUCCGUCUCGAGAGGAUUACACACCAAUGUCCGAUCACAUGAGUAUUCUUCAAGAAGUCACCGGACAGAGUUCGAUCGAGAAUCGCUUGGUGAGAAGCUACAAAAGGAGUUUCAAUGGGUUUGCAGCAAGACUCACGGAAUCCGAACGAAACAUAUUAGCCGGAAUGGGGAGAGUUGUGUCGGUGUUCCCAAGCAGAAAACUGAAACUCCAAACAACGUCUUCUUGGAACUUCAUGGGUCUCAAGGAAGGCAGGAAGACUAGGCGAAACCCUAGCAUUGAGAGCGAUACCAUUAUCGGAGUCAUCGACUCUGGAAUCUAUCCCGAAUCGGAGUCAUCGACUAUGAAUUCGCUUAACGAGAAGCAGUCUUUCACGGUGACUGGUAUCAGGUAUCGACCUGGACUCAAAACUGCCUUCCUCUGCAAGUCUAUUUUGGUCUGAUGGGACGCAUAAUGUGAAAAGGCCCUAUUGUUGUUUAUACUGGUGACUUCCCAUCAUUACCACCAUAGUCAUCAUAAACCAUUAUUUUUUUUGUUUUAAUCAUUCUAUAUU